UACUGUCUAUCUCCCACAGAUGAAUGGAGAGUUUCUGUUUGGCUCCUGGUUCCAGCACGUGUUAGCCGUGGAAGAAUUCAUCAGUGAGCACCCAGAACUUCCGGUGUGCGUGAUCCAGUUUGAGGAGCUCAAAGAGCGUCCCGCGGAAGUGAUACAAGAGUUAUGCCGCUUUCUCCAGGUGCCAGACGACAAGGCUGAGGACAUAGCAGACGCCACACGGUUCCAGAACAUGAAGAAGGAGGUGUUGAGAGGGGGCGUGGGGGCUUUGACCAGGGAGUAUUUGAAAGACGAGCAGCAAGGAUUUAUCCGCAAGGGCAGUACAGGGGACUGGAAGAGACAUUUCACCGUGGGGCAGAAUGAGAGGUUUGAUCAGAUGUUUCACUCCAAGAUGGCCGGUUCGAAACUGGCGCAACAGCUUGAGAAAUACCUCAAAUGAAAUACUUA